CGAGGCCAAUUAAUAUGAAAUCCUACAUCGCGGUAUUAAAGUUUUUCAGUGGUCAGAAAUAAAUACAAAACCUAAUUAUGUUAAAUCUAUUAUAUAGUAGGAGAGUCAGACAGUGACUUUCGCAUUAAUAAUAUUAGUUAGGAUUAGGAUAAUAUAAAAUAUCAAAGUAGUCAAUCCAAAAGAGAAGCAAUGUGAAUUGUGUUACAGGCGUGAACCCUUUGCCACUGCAGUAUCAAGUCAUACAGUGAAUGAUCUAGGUACACCAUACCUAUAAAAUCUUUCCAGAAAAAUCAAUGACACUACAGCUGCUGCUACUGGAACUACAAUCUUGAGGGCAUCUAAAUUUGUCAUUCGCGUCGGAUCUACCUACAAUGACCGCGGAGGCUCAGAGCAUGUGACGUCCAAGUUCGUGGUUCACGAGAGCUAUACCUUACCUUUUAACGACGUGGCAGUGUUGGUGCUGUCGGACAGUAUAAGCAACUACCGGAGCAGCUCGGUGCAGCCAGCCGCCAUCCCCCCGGGGGGGUAUGUGGUCCCGGACAACGCGUCUGUGGUAGCUGUCGGGUGGGGACUGACUGAUAUGAACUGCAGCAACUCAAGCCCCCUCGGCCUGCGGCACGUGGGGCUGCGCAAGGUGGACCGAGACACCUGCGCCGCGCGGUGGAGGCAGAAGGUCCCAGAACUCCCCGACUCCAUGCUCUGCGCGGGGCUGCUUGGUGUUGGAGGAGCUGGUACUUGCAAGGGUGACUCAGGUGGUCCCUUGGUGUACAACGGGGUGGUGGUGGGAGUGGCCUCGUUUGUUAAGACAUGCGACGAUUCCUUCUACCCUCAUGUGUUCACGCGCGUCGCUAGCUACACCGACUGGAUCAACAACACUGUAAGUCAAAACCAGGUUGUGGUCGUGGACAAGAACAGUCACAACACCGCCGUGGCAGCUGACGUCACCAGGUUGAUGCUACUCGUCUUCGCAACGUCAAUUUGGAUUAUGUAUUCCAAUAUCUCAUUAUUUUUUUAAGUAAGUAGCUACCGAUGAUAGUUAUGUCUAAAUUUAAACACAAUAAGUUAACAUAUUUUUUUAUAAAUUUAUGUUUAAAAAGUGGCUUUUUAGGCAAAUACUCAUGUAAGUUUUGCAUUUCCGUUUAUAAUGUUUUUUUUUUCUUUUACAUAUAGUAUGUUCUCGGAGUGGUAGGUAUAUUGUUACCUGAAAAGGGGUGACUCAGACUCAUUCUGAGAAACUU